AUGGCAGGCGACCCCGCAAAACACAACCAAAGCCUAUAUUGCGAAUACCACCAAGAACCGGGGCACACCACCGAUAAUUGCAGAAAUCUGAAAAACCACUUGGACCGGCUAGUCCGAGAGGGAAAGCUGAGACAUCUCUUGUAUCAUCCCGGUGGCCGACAAGAGCAGACGGGCGUCGAGGCAAGGCAAAACACCUUGAGACCGCCUAUUGGCACGAUAAAUGUCAUUCUUGCCGCUCUAGGAAGAAUCGGCUCCCAUCCUUUCAGAGUGAUGUCGGUGGCCCGACUCCCCGCCGAAGUCGAUGACCGUGAGUUUAAGAGGGCUAAAGGGAUGGUCUCGCCCAUACUCGGAUUCUCGGAUGAGGAUAAAGUUGGAACCAUUCAGCCCCACGACAAUGCUCUAGUUGUCACACUCAGGAUUGGGGGAUAUGACGUGAAGAGGGUGCUAGUUGAUCAGGGCAGUGCCGUGGAAGUAAUGUACCCCGACCUGUACAAGGGGCUGAAGUUGAGACUGGAAGACUUGACAGCAUACGACUCCUCUUUGGUAAGUUUCAAAGGGAAAACUAUUACUCCGAAAGGCCCGAUUAGGCUGCCUAUACAAACAGGCUCGGACAUAGUAGAGGUGGACUUCAUAGUGGUGGACACGUAUUCGCCCUACAUCGCCAUUGUAGCCAGACCUUGGCUUCAUGUCCUAGGAGCUGUAUCCUCAAACUUACACCAAAAGGUGAAGUACCCGUUGGAGGGUCGGGUCAAAGAAGUGAUAGGGGACCAAGCCAUGGCCCGGCAAUGCAUGGUGUCCGCCAUCUAA